UAUAGCUUGUCUGAGUUCCAUUCCGUAUUGAGCCCACUCGUCUCCACAGAGACAGAGAAAUUGGUUAGUUAUUCACCAACUUUGACUUUGACUCUGUGAAGUACACUCUGUAGGCGUUGCAAGACAGAAACGACGUCGCUUCAAUCCGAGAGCUAGGUUGUUCGUGGAGAAGAAGAUGGAGACCCAAACCAACAACUCAAACCCUAACCCUAGUCUAAACGGGAACUCGAUAACGGGAUCAUGGCCGGUGUGGCCGACAGUGGACGGGUCACUGGGGCUAUCGGAAGAUGAGUCGGUGAAAUACGCACGGCGGUUCUACAGGUUCGGCUUCGCGAUGCUGCCGUGGCUUUGGGCCGUCAAUUGCUUCUACUUCUGGCCUGUUCUCCGCCACUCUCGCUCCUUCCCUCACAUUCGCCCCUAUGUUGUGCGAUCAGCAGUUGGGUUUGCUGUAUUCACAGCUCUUCUGUCAUCAUGGGCCUUUACAUUUGCCAUUGGAGGAGAGCGUCUCUUUGGGCCAGUUUGGGAUCAACUUGUAUUAUACAAGCUUGCUGAUAAAUUAGACUUGACUGGUUGGAGCUAGUCUUAUGCACUCUUUUCUGAAUUUCAUUGUUCUCAACACUCUUUGUAUUACCUCUCUCUUUCUUUCUAAUUAUCUUUUUUUUUUUUCCUUAUUGUUGGGGGUGUUACUGGAAUUCUUUUACUUUCUUUGAACACAUGAUUUUGUGUAUAUAUACAUAUAUUCUAUGCCGAGAGUUUUACAA